CAGUGUAGAGUACUGGGCACUACAGGAUCCAGCUAGGGUAACACUCACCGUGCCUGUCUGACUCUCUAUCUGUCUUUAUCCUAAUCCUAUUUGCCUAUAUCACCUAUCCCCUGACCAAACAUCGGCUGGGCUAGCUGUUGGGAUAUGAAGCUGCAUCUGCCUGUACUCCUGCUGCUCUGCCUCUGUUGGCUGGGACUGACUGAUGAGACUGGUACGGUAGCUACUGAGGACCACUCUUGCAGGGAGCAGGUGUUCAGCCAGGAGGCCCGGUGGUCAGUAGGGGGUGCUGUAGAGAGACUGGGCAGGCAGCUACUGGACAGCCUGCAGACAGGGCCAGAGCAGCCCAACGUCAUCAUAUCACCCCUCAGCGUGGCCCUUGCACUAGCACAGCUCACACUGGGAGCUCGUAACGAGACACAGAAGUUGCUGCUAAGUUCUCUACACGCCCACACCGUGCCCUGCUACCAUGAAUCCCUGGGCAGCCUGCUCCAACACCUCACCAACACCUCCCUACAGGUGGCCACACGCAUGUACCUGCGCCCAGAGUUUGAGGUGUACCAGUCCUUUGUUGCAGAAUCCGUGCGUAGCUACAAAUCAGAGCCUGCCCCCUUGAUCUCAGUGGAAGAUGUCAACCAAUGGGUGGAAGACACCACCAAAGGUCACAUGACCAAUUUCCUGCCCAGUAUUCCGCAUGAUGUGGUGCUCAUGCUUAUCAAUGCUGUGCAUUUCAAAGGUGAGUGGGAGGCUCGCUUCGAUCCUCAGCUCACACAGAAGGAUGUCUUCUACCUGGACAAUAAGAACUUUGUCCAUGUAGACAUGAUGCGGUCAGCCAAGUAUCCACUGAGCCUGUUAGAAGACGGGGAGCUUGGGGCUCAGGUUGCACGUUUUCCAUUUAAGGGAAACACCAGCUUUCUGGUAGUUAUGCCGUUGCCAGGAAGAGGAAACGUGUCAUCGCUGGUGGCCAAGCUGAAUAUCUCUGACCUGUACAGACGUCUACCUCAGGAGAGGACCAUGCAGGUCCAACUGCCCAAGUUCACCCUGCAGUACCGCCAAGAGCUACAGGAGGCGCUGACCAGCAUGGGUCUGGGCUCUUUGUUCUCUAGUCCUAAUCUGUCCGGUGUCUCAGAGGUUCCUCUGCAGGUGUCCAGCAUGCGUCACGCCUGCGGGGUGGAGUUGAGUGAGGAAGGGGCCGAAGCAUCUGCAGCCACCUCCAUCACCAUCAUGCGCUCUGUUCCCAUCUUUUCUGUAAACUCCCCCUUCCUGUUUGCCCUGGUAGACCACGCCUCCCUCGCUCCAAUCUUCCUGGGCACCGUCACUAACCCAGCCCCUGACGCCAGCCCCAUGCAGAUCGACAGUCCCCUUGGCGAUGAUCCCAAUGGCAACAGGACCCAAAGUGACAGCUCUCAUAGCAACAGCAAUGUACAGAACGAUGGUCCCCAUAGUAACAACAACGUACAGAGCGACAGUCCCCAUAACAGUAACAACGUACAGAGUGACCAGCCACAAAGUGAGAGAAUGCAGUGUGGCGUCCCUGUCGGGGGGGAGGAGCAACAACAGCCACUGAAUGAAGUAGAGGGAAACCCCAACGCCCAAGUGGAGGGGCAAGGAUCCAGUUCCUGUGCCAAUCCCUCUCUUACAGUUCCUUCCUAAACCAACACUGAUGCCCAGCUUGCCCCAACCCAUCUCUCACUGUUCUGUCCUGAGCAACACUGCCCGACCAGCCGGUCCCAUAUGGAGCCCAGCCCUCACAUAGCAAAACCCUAUCCCAAUCUAUUGACACAGUUCCCAGUCCAGAAUCAACCCCAGCCCCUACCCCUAGACACCUGACAACUUCUCACAGUCCCUCCCCUCCCCAGUGAAUGCCCCUGAUUACAACCCAAUGAUUUAGGAGAGACCAUGGACCUGUCCUAUACUAUAGUGUGUGCAGAUUAACACUCAAUUGUGAUGCUAUUUUUACACUUGGCUGUGCACUGUCUGUCUUACAGUAUUUGUUGUGUUUUGUUGUGAUGUCUUACUUUGUCAUUUGGAUGAUUCCCACCUCUGGUAUUGAUUAAAGAAAUUAAGUCUCAA